AUGAAAACGUUUGACUCGGAUGAAACAUGUGAGGAUUUUAUUAGUACUGUAGAGACUGAAGAUGUUUUUUUAGUUAUUUCAUCAAAUACGCGACCAGCAAUCAUUUCGAAAGUGCAUGACAAACAGCGAUUACAUUCAAUUUAUAUUUAUAAACUCUCGGCAAAAAGUGAUGAAAGCGAAGAAGAAUGGCUCAGUGAAUAUACAAAGGUUAAGGGAGUGUUUAGUGAAUCGAAUAGUUUAAUUGAAGAGUUAUCUAUCAAUGUGAAGUUAUCUAUCAAAUCGUUGAAUGAACUAAAUGGAUAUACCUCGAAUGAGGUUUCAGACAGUAGUUGGUUUAUACUGUUAAUGAAUGCUUUAAUUGGUUUAAACAGGAAUAACAAUGACAGAUUAUUACGUUCAACUAAACAAUCCAUGAUCAAUCAGUUUCGAAUAUACUACCAAAACAAUAAAACUGAACAAAUAAAUCUUGAUAAUUUUCAACAAAAUUAUCAGUCAAAUGAUGCUGUUGGUUGGUAUACACGGGAUACCUUUCUUUUUCGUACGCUGAAUAAAGCCUUACGUCAACAUGAUAUUGAUAUAAUAUUUUUAUUUCUAUUUUUUAUUGUUGAUCUAUGGCAACAGCUUAAACUUGAGAAUGAGAAACAGACAUCGAAUCAAAGUGACCAUAGCUCAUGUAAUGAACAUAAUAACAUCAAAUGGAUGGAUAAUAGUGAUUCUCUUUCGUCAGAUACAAUUUCGAAUGUAAAUCGUAUUUUUUGUUAUCGUGGUCAACUUAUGUCGAAAGAAGAGAUUGAAAAGUUUCAAAUGAUAAGCUUUUUUACUUGUAAUAGUUUUAUGUCAACGACUCUUAACUAUAAACUUGCACUAAUGUUUGCUGGUCAACAUUCACGUGAUGACAAUAUACAGUCGGUGAUAUUCAGUAUUGAAACACCGUCGAUACUUUUAAGUCAAACACCUUAUGCGAAUAUUUCACAUCUAAGUCAUUUUGGAGAGAGUGAAAAAGAAAUCUUAUUUAUGGUUGGUACACCAUUUAGAAAACGUUUUGUAGUCUACGAAGAGGAUGCACAACAUUGGCAAGUUAGCUUAACAUUAGUCUCGGACAAUCCAAACGAACUAUACGAUGAUGACGAACAUCCCUAUGAAUAUUCGAGUUUCGAAAUGCCAAGUAUUUAUAAAUCACUGAGCGUAGACAAACCAGCCGAUAUUAAACUUUUAAGUGCUGGACUUUCGUUACUAUUCUGUAACGACAAUCCAUCUAAUGAACGCAAACUGAGUAAUCCUCAUGAAAUGGCAGAAAAGUACUAUAAUUUAUUUCUAAAUGAUAACAAUAAUUCUGUCAGUUACACCGGUCUUGCCAUAGUCGCUCAUCAAAGAGGUGAGUAUGAAAAGACAUUUUAUUAUCUCUACAAGGCUUUAGAUACUUGUCCAAGUUCGAAUUUGACCUAUGUGAUCUACUGUUGUAUGGGUAAUGUAUAUAGAGAAAAAUCUAUUUAUGACAAGGCUUUAGAUUAUUAUACAAUGGCAUUAACGAAGAAACAAGAUACAAAAUUAGAUCUCUUAGUUGAGCAAGAUCUGUAUCAAUUCAACAAUCUGUUUAAAGUAUUGUGGAACCUUUCAUUAAUUCAUAAAAUAAAUGGAAAUUACGAAUUAGCAUGGGAUACAUAUAAGCAGUAUUUAACCAGUGAAGCUUAUGUAGCUCACGACUGCUACUUAGAUAUGUUGAUCCGGGAAACGUACGCACUACUCGUUAGUACUUGUCCUAAACAAGCAGAAUGGGAUGAACAAAUGAUGAGUAAAAUAAAAUUCAUUGACGCGAGUUCGUUAGAUGCCGAUAAAUAUUCUGAUGUAAUCGCUGACGCAUACAAAGACAUUAUUUCUGAAUAUUUGGAUAAAAAUAAAGCAGAUUUAGGGAAGGAACUUUUAACAAAAGCGCUCGAUUCUUUAACGGGUAAGUCAUUGGAACAACUAUACGCACCACUUCAAUAUGAAAACAUUGGCGACAAUUAUCAAGAGCAAAAUCAAUUUGAUUUAGCUGCUGAAUGCUAUGAAAAAUCACUUUCAUUGGAGCUUGAAAGUGCGCAUAGAAAUGAUUCACAUCAGAUUAGGUUUGAUAUGCGCGUGUUUGUGAAAACUCUAAAGUGUCGAACAAAUUCGUCAAAUUUUCAAUUAGCUAUUGAUUUUUCGAAGAAGAUCAGCGCUGAUUACAUAAAUGCUGGUAUGACUUUACAUGAAGUUAUUAACUUGUAUACAGCAUUAGUUGACUUUGAUCAAGAAAAUAACGUUACUGUAAAUGAAAAUGAUCGUAUAGAGUGGUAUAAUAAGCUUGGUGAAUAUAACAGUAAAAUAGGAGAUGUAUAUAAAUCAAAUGUAUGGUAUAAAAAAAUUUUGCAUCAUGAUGAUGCGAAUAUCUGGGCAAAUAUUGCUUACAAUUAUAAUCAAAUAAACGACUAUAAAUUGGCGAUUUAUCAUUACAAAAAAGCGCUUGAAUGCUCAUUAAAGAUUCGCGACAGAGAUCUUAUUGCAUGCAUUUGCUUCGGCUUAGCAUCUUCGUUUAGUCGUUUACCUAAUAAGAAGAAUGUAGCUAUAGAUCAUUACAAACGAGCACUUUUGUUUUGCACGGCAACGGAAGAAUUAAGUACAUUCGUGGACCCAAAUUCAGUUCACAAUACAGUGAUUGCUAUUAAUAGACAAACCGGCGAUAAUUUCAAAUCAGCUGCACAGUUUUAUACUAAAACAAUUCAUUUAUGUCUGAAAAAUAAACUGAAUACGCACAAAGAAAUUGCUUCAGCUCACAAAGCUUUUUAUUUAGCUUAUGGUGACAAACAAACCGUUGAAUUUUAUAAAGCAGUUAUUGAUAUAUACGAGCAACAAAUCAGAAUGGUUGAGGAUGAUCUACAUGAUCUUCUGACCAUUUAUAAAUAUCUGGCAUGCAUUUAUGAGAAAAACGGUAAUUUUCAAUUAGCCAUUGAUCUGUUUCGUAAAUGGCAGGCCCACAGUAAAUUUAUCAGGCAUAACGAUAUUGAAUAUGGCCUCUUGUGUUUCAAAAUUGCAACUUUGUAUGAUAAGCUUGAUGAGGAUAGUACUGCUAUAGAACAUUAUCAAGAAGGACUGACAUUGUUGAGAAAUGGUUCGAACAUACCAGAUGCUUCUUGCUUACCAGUUGUCUGUAAUAUAAUGGACCAAUUUUGA